AUGGAAAACUACUCUUAACUGCUGCAGUAGACACAGCAAAGCCAGAAUGGCCAAGAAAAUCAGCAGUCAUGUAAGACUCCUUUGCUUGGGAAACUUAACGGCAAGCGAAUAUUCGUGAAAGACUCCAAAAAUCCUCCAUCUAACUCUAAGGUUACUCCAGGAGCAUCAAUUUUGAAAAACCCUAUAAUCAAGAAAAAUACUGCUGGCAUUGGUGCAGGCUUUCAUAAAUUCUAAGAUAACGACACAGUCUUUUCAAUUUAAAGGCCGAUAACACCAGAGGAGAGUAAGAAGAAGUGUCUCAACUGUACGAGUAUGGAAGACUUUAUUAAAAACUUACAAUAGGAAAUCAAAAGACUUUAGAACUUGACUAAUGAUUUACAAAUGCAACUUAUAAUGAAUGGUAUCAAUCCCUAGAUGAAUGCAGCACCAUUUGGAGGCUAAGCAGGUGAGUAGAAAUAGUUCUAAAAUAUCUGCCCUCUUUGUACCAACCAAAAGCAUCAUUAGAGACCAAACACAGCCACUCGACUUAGAGGUGACAGUGGUAUCAGAAUAAGAAAACAAAGUAUGAUUCAAGAGAGAAAGAAAUAGAUCAUUGAGAAGGAGCUAGAGUUCGUAGAUUAACUCAAACGAGAACAGACACAGAUGCUUCUUGAAACUAAUGGAUUUAAUAAAAUGAGAUAGUCAAGUAUGUUUGGAGGAGGGAAUAACUCAUUACUUGGAAGCAGUGGGAAUGGUAUUGGUGCAGCCAAUCCAUUCCAGAUGACAAAUCAGUUUGGGCGAUAAUCUAUGCCUCCUAUAAAGAAAAAAGUGACCAUAGUAGCACAAUUACCCCCAUUAGUGUAAACAAGCUUAAACUCUUAGAGUACUUCAAAUAUCUCUUUAGACGGAGAUGAUAUGUAGUUAUAGAAUGAGAAGACAUAAUGA